AUGACGGAUUCACAGAACCCAGUUAAAGAAAAAAACCAGCCCGAUCAGAAAUUUAAGCUGUGGCAAGAGGAAAAAACCUCUUUGAACGUCCGGUUCGUUUUACUACCUUGUGCGGUAGCGAUUUUGGCUGCUGUGGUUGGUGUACUGAUUACCAUUUCCGUGAAACAAAACGAGGCAAUCAAAUCCAUCGAAGCAACUGGAGUGAGAAUUGUCAGUGCUUUAGUCAACGUUACACGGGCAGACAGCUUAUUCUACUCGUGCAAAGAGAUUUUUGAGAAUCAAAAGUCAAAAGAGAAUAAAGCUUACGUUCUCCUAUCAACCUUACGGAAUAUCCCAGUUUAUUGCCAUAUGACGGAUGACCUCGAGGCAUGCGGGGGUGGUGGAUGGACGCUAGUCAUGAAAAUCGAUGGUAACAAGUCUACCUUCCACUAUGACACGGCAUUCUGGAAAAACACUGCUGGCUUCAACCUUCUCGGGGGAAGGACUGGAUUUGAUCAUACUGAGACUAAGUUAGCAACUUACUGGAGCACACCCUUCUCAAAGAUCUGUCUCGGCAUGAAGAUCGACAAGCAGUUAAAUUUCACUCUCGUCAAAUUUAAAACAUACUCCAGUUCACUACACUCACUGAUCGCUACUGACGGAUACACCACCACAUCUCUUGGCGUAGAUAAAUGGAAAAACCUGGUGGGUUCUCACCCCUUUUUACCUGUCAAUAACGUACUAGAGGGGUUGAAUUUACAAAGGCUUGAAAGUUCCAUCGAUAACGUUGACCCAAUAUUCUGUUCUACCACUUGGGAACUUACUUAUCGGGCAAGAAUUGACUUCAUCGGCACUUUUCACCAGUAUUUCUUUAAAAUAGGCUUUGGGACUGGACUUCCAUCUCCAAAUGAAGACCUUAGCACGUGUGGAAUCGAAACAGGAGGAGGUUAAGGAGUAGAUAAGAAAAAAGUAUUAAAGCUUUCGGAUACAUUCUAGUGCGGUGACAAGGGAACUAACCUGAGUCUACGAGUUGAAAAGUAAACAAUGUCUACUUACAGUGUUUCCUGUAGAAGUUGACUAAAAGCGUGAGUCGAUUUACGCAGACACAAUUACACUACGAAUCGUUGGCGCCGUCAUGAAAGUGCCACUGCAUUUAAAAUCAAUGUAUCCUAAGUUAUAUGUCUGUGCAGUAAGUCAGGGAAUGAAUAUAUUUUAGCG